GCAGGACGCUGGGGUGUCCUGCUCCAUCUCCCCACCUGAUCCACAAGGAGCUCAAGAUGGGGACCCUGUGGGCCAUGCUGAUCUGCCUGGCUGGAGGGCAGCUUGCCAGUGCCACACUCUGCAGGACCUAUGGCACCAUCCCAGGCAUCCCAGGAUUACCAGGACAGCCUGGCAGUGAUGGCAGGGAUGGAGAGAAUGGCCCAAAGGGUGAACAAGGACCCCCUGGCCAGGGUGGAGCAGAGAGAGGGGAGAAGGGAGACCCAGGACCACUGGGACCACCUGGGAAGGUCGGUCCCAUUGGCGAGCCAGGUCCGGUGGGCAUGCGAGGGGACUGGGGAAUGCCUGGCCCCAUGGGAGAACCUGGUGACUACAAGGUCACCUUCACAUCAGCGUUCUCGGCUGCCAGGAGCAUCAGCUCCUACCCCCGCCGGGAUCAGCCCAUCCGCUUCGACCGCGUCAUCACCAACGAGAACGGGCACUACGAGAACCGCUACGGCCGCUUCACCUGCCGCGUGCCCGGCACCUACUACUUCACCUACCACGUCACCUCCCGGGGCAACCUGUGCCUCAACAUCAAAAAGGGCCGAGUUUCCAGCAGGGGUGACAAGGUGGUGACCUUCUGUGACUUUGUGCACAGCAGUUUCCAGGUCACCACGGGCGGUGUGGUCCUCAAGAUGGCCAUGAACGAGUCUGUCUGGCUGGAGCCAACGGAGAAGAACUCCUUGGUGGGGCUGGAAGGGUCUGACAGCAUCUUCUCCGGCUUCCUCAUCUUCCCUGAGGCUUAGCCCACCGUGGAGCUGUGUCUGUGGCCAACCUCUGCAUCCCUGCAGAGCUGAGGACUACCCUGGAAACUCUUUGCUCCCAAAUUGGUGCUUCAGGCACA